UUUAUUUUCAGUGGGUGAUUUUGCCAGUAAAAUUCAACUCUGAUAAUGACUCAAGGUUUAACAAACAUCCUGGGUGAGUGGAAAUGCCUGGAGGAAGAGUAUCAACAUCUUCAGGAGACACACAGAAUCUACUUACAGAAACUGGAUGAAAUUUCCAAACUACAAAAGAGCUGCUCUUCCUCCAUUUCCCAUCAGAGAAAAAGACUAAAUGAGAUCUCACAUCUGGUGAAGAAAUGCAGCACAGGAACAUCAGAAGAAGCCACAACAAACAUCAAUGUGAUAAAUGAUAAAAUGAAGACGCGACCAAAUGCUCUCUUUGAAAUGGAAUCUUUUCUUCCCAAGAAAAAUGGGCUGUAUCUGAGUCUGGUCCUUGGAAAUGUGAAUGUCACUCUUCUCAGCAAACAGUCAAAAAUUAAAGGCUGGUGGGUUGUUCAUCACUAUGUCUCAGCUUUUUUGUCCGGUGUGAUGCUGACAUGGCCGGAUGGGAACCUUUACAAGAUGUUCAGGAACCAGUUCCUUGCCUACUCCCUCUAUCAAAGUUUUGUUCAGUGUCUGCAGUGCUACUAUCAGAGUGGAUGCCUGUACAGAUUAAGAGCCCUGGGAGAAAGACACAACAUGGAUCUGACAGUGGAGGGAUUUCAGUCAUGGAUGUGGAAAGGGCUGACGUUUCUUUUGCCUUUCCUCUUUUUUGGUCAUUUCUGGCAACUCUUCAAUGGCCUCUCUCUCUUCAAAAUGUCUCAGCUCCCAGACUGUAAAGAAUGGCAGGUCUUGAUGUGCAGUCACUGCUUCCUUAUUCUAUUCAUGGGAAAUUUCUUCACCACUGUCGCUGUGGUCCGUCAGAAGCUCAAGAGCAGAAAUCGGAAACAGAAGAGUCUGUGAUACAACGUAAUCAAAUAGAGCAUGACCAAAAAAUGCUGACUCACAUGUUCCCAAGUUCAUAUCUUUAUUAAUAUUAUCCUNGAAAUAUAU